AUGGCUAGACUGAAACAAGCGAAAGAAGAAGCUGAGAAGGAGAUCGCCGCCAUUCGUGCUCAAAUGGAAGCUGAGUUCCAGAGAAAGGUCGCAGAGAGUAGUGGAGACUCGGGUGCUAAUGUGAAGCGUCUUGAACAAGAAACGGAAGCAAAGAUCCAUAAUCUGAAAGCAGAGGCUGAACGAAUUUCCCAUGAUGUUGUCCAGAUGCUUCUGAAGCACGUGACAAGUGUAAGAAACUAA